GAAGCCGAAGGGGGUAAAUAAUUGGUCAAUACCCAUUGUUAUUAGCUUGACUUAAUAUAAUUGGGAUUACAAGAAGCGAAGCUGAGGAAAGGGAACUUGUGUCUUUGAAUCUUUCGAUUCUCAAUCGAUCAUCACUUGAGUGAUUCUCUUAUGGCUGGACCAUCAUGGAUAGUGGACGGUCAGAGAUUUGCAACCAAAAUCAAAAGUGCAUAUGAUCCUGAAAAGGUGAUAUGGGAGAGCAAUCCAUCUAAAGCUUGUCCAAAAUGCCAACAUGUAAUUGACAAUAAUGAUGUUACUCAAAUGUGGCCUGGAUUACCCAGAGGUGUGAAAUUUGAUCCAACUGAUCAAGAAAUUAUUUGGCAUUUACUUGCAAAAGUUGGUGUGGGAGGUUUAGAUCCCCAUCCUUUUAUUGACGAAUUCAUUCCUACUGUUAACAAGGAUGAUGGGAUCUGUUAUACCCAUCCUCAGAAUCUACCAGGUGUUCGGCAAGAUGGAAGUGUAUCUCACUUCUUUCAUAGAGCAAUCAAGGCUUACAAUACUGGGACUCGAAAGCGUCGCAAAAUUCAAGGUGACCUUUUUGGUGAUGUUCGUUGGCACAAGACUGGCAGGACUAAACCAGUGAUAUUGGAUGGAGUUCAGAGGGGCUGCAAGAAGAUUAUGGUUCUUUACACAAGCACAGUAAGGGGUGGCAAAGCAGAGAAAACUAAUUGGGUGAUGCAUCAGUAUCACCUGGGCACAGGUGAAGAUGAGAGGGAAGGAGAGCAUGUAGUUUCCAAAAUAUUUUAUCAGCAGCAACAGACUAACAAGUGUGACAAAACUGAAGAUUAUUUGCUUGAAAAUGUUGAUACUGUGAUUGCAAAAGUAGAUCCACUCACUCCCAAGUCUGUGACUCCUGAACCUCCUCGUACUGAAAGGCGAUGUCCAGACUUUGACUUGGGAAAAGAGUCUAUUGUCACUAAUGAUUGCACAGAUCUCUUUACUCAGCAACCUGUGAGAGAAGAUGUAGAAGUUCAAGUUCAAUCUGAAUGUGAGUACCCCGGUAAUGAUGACGAAUUCAAGAAUGAAAAUCUCUCUAAUCAAAUGAUGGAUAAUAAUGAUAAUGACAUUGAAGAAGAGCCAAAAUGGUGGGACAGUGAGUCACAGAAUCUGUUGGAUUCACAACAGCUUGUGGAAGGGCUAUCUUUGUGUGAUGAGCUCCUUCAAAGCCAAUCUCCUAACAGGUAUGGAAAUGAAAAUGGAAGAGCUAAUGGGAAACCCUGCCUUUCUGAUUAUGCCAAGUUAGGACCAGAGGAUUUGAAGAAGGAUCUAGAGGAAUGCCAAAAUCUGGAACUUGAUCCAGCUAACAUAGAACUUGAUACGCCUCCAGAGUUCAGACUAAGUCAGCUUGAAUUUGGAUCACAGGAAAGCCUUCUUGCAUGGGGUGGUGGUGGUAAGAUGUUAGACUAAGUAAAUGGUUUUUGGUGGCUUUAACCCUGCUAGACAUAAGUAUAUGGUUUUGGGUAGCUUCAACACUCAUCAUGGCAGAAAGCAUCAUUUUGUGCACAUAUUAUUUUGGAUACUCGACCUAGUUGAUGGGGGUUUUUAAACUCUUAAUUGUUUUCGGUGGAUGACUCGAUCUGUAAUCCCUAGUUGAGAAGUAAUGGUUCUCGCAAACUAAGCUGUAAUUAAUGCUCAUGUCGUUCUAAUGCUUAUACCAAAAUUAUGGAUCAUUUCUGUCUUGAGAGUGCUUCAAGCAAAAGUUCAGAGUCUUUUGUCAUAUUUUGUACUUGUGGUUCCACAACGUAAUGCUAAUAUAUUUUCAAGAGCA